UUACAGCUAGUGCAGGUGUUCUGGCGACGUUGGCGUUGUUACUUGCCUUCGUGCUGGCGUGCGAAGAAGAACUGGCCGAGGUGGUGCAAUGAGGCGCUGGACCGCGGGGCCUGUAACCCUGCAGCAGGGCCUGGCCGCCGCACUCGCACCGCUCGUGAUCACCCUAUUCGUAGCUGGUGCAGGUGCUGUACAAUCAAACGGUAGUAACGGUCCAGGCAAUGGAAAGGCUGACGAAAGGCUCCACAAAACAGCAACUAUUGGAGAUAACGUGAUACUCGAAUGCCCUUUCGAGUAUCCAAAUGAUACGCCCGUGCCAAUCCUUGUGCAGUGGCACAAGAAGGACCACAAGAUACCAAUAUACAUCUGGUACGAGAGUUAUCCACCGCACGCGUCCGACGAAUACAGAAAUCGAGUUUCGCUAUCGGAUAAAGCGUCACUGAACCUGACCAGCGUCCGGGUCAGCGACAAGGGCUGGUACGAAUGUACCGUGUUCUUCAUCAAUCGUGAAGAGGCCAAGAAUGGCUCGUGGAUUUAUUUGGACGUGCUCGCGCCACCGCACUUCAAGACCAAGCCUCCAGAGACCUUAUACGUGCGCAGCGGUGAAACAGUAUCUCUGCCUUGUAAGGCUCAAGGCACGCCAACGCCAACGGUGACCUGGGAGAAAGAUAGCACUGUGAUCGAGCAGGCAGGUGACGACGCACCACUGCAGAUAAAUGAACACCAGCUGCGUAUCGUUAAUGUCAAGGAAGGCGACACGGGUUUGUAUCAAUGUAUAGCACGCAAUUCACAGGGUACUAUGGAGGCUCGUUCCCGCGUGAUUAUUGCGGGGUCGGCUAGAAUUAUUAGCCGUCCGCAAAAUAUAACAGUAACUGAGACGAAGGUGGCUGAACUGCCUUGCGAGGCUAGGGCUCAGCCAUCCAACAUUACGCAUAAAUGGCUGUACAACGGGGUGGAAAUUUCGCGACUGACGUGGUUGCAGACGCGAACUCUGGUUCGCCAGGAUGGGGCGUUGUUUAUAAACCCGACGAAUGCGGAUGACUCGGGGUGGUAUACCUGUGAAGUGUCAAACGGUAUUGGUGACCCGGAAAGUGCGCAGGCCUAUGUCAAUGUCGAAUUUCCCGCAAAGGUGAAUUUCACACCAAACUUCCAAUACAUGCCGCUUCAUCUAGCCGGCAUGGUAAAAUGCUUCGUGAUAACCAACCCGGACCUUCAGUACGUAACGUGGUACAAGGACAGGCGGCUUUUCGAGCCAUCGACCGUCAACGGCGUCGUGGCACUUACUAAUGGCACAUUGUACUUCAGCAACGUCUCGAAAGAGCAUGAGGGCGCCUAUAUGUGCACACCAUACAAUAUUCACGGGACCGCAGGCGCUUCAAAACUAAUGGAGGUGCUCGUCCGCGAGCCGCCAGUAUUCUCUGUAAAGCCGAAAGAAAUCUAUCAGCAACGUAAAAACGCUGACGUGACGCUCGUUUGCGAAGGAAAAGGCCAGCCAAUGCCUACCAUCAACUGGAGAAGGGCUGAUGGAAGGCCAUUACCGAAACAGCGUUUUUCCAUUAAUCAGGAGAUCGUCAAGACAGUAUCGUCGGGUAACUUAACGUUGAAGAGUAUUCAAAAGGAAGACCAUGGACGGUAUGAAUGCAUUCUGCAAAAUGAGGUGGCCACAUUGGUGACGUCAAGUCUCCUGCUUGUCGAAAGCACGACCCCCCAUGCACCAACAAAUAUCUCGGUGAGCGCGGCAGCCUCGUCCGCUACUGUAAGUUGGCUUCCUGGUUUUGAUGGCGGCCAUGAGCAGAGCUAUAUUCUAUGGUAUCGACCUGAACGCAAGAGCAAAGCACAUGAGGUGGAUUGGCGUACAAUCCGUGUACAUCCUGACAAUGUGACAAGCAUCACCAUACACAAUCUCGAACCGCAGACUGCAUACGAAUUUCAAGUCUUGUCGAGAAACGAAGUAGGUGAUGGCUUUUUUAGCGAAAGAGUCGUAGCAAACACUACAAGACAUGUGGAGGGCCAAAAUGGCAGGCCUACGGAUGACAUCGCUGUGACACAGUCUCCGGGAAUUCCCACGGCCCCAGCGAACCCAAUAGAAGCGUUUCCGACCUCUCCCUCCGAUGAAGUAUCGGGACCUCCAUGGACUUUCAGCUCAGAGCCGCCUUCGCCUACACCCGAUAUGCCGCAGCAGUUGACCGUCGUGCCGCCAGUAGAAGUUGGCAAAGAGCUUUUGGUUAGCUGGAUGGUACCACCACCAUCAAAUAAUUCGGCUCCAUUGAGCCAUUUCAACGUUGAGUACAAGCAAGAUAUUUCUCACGCGUGGACGAAGUCCGCUGACAGUGUGCCCGCUGACAAUACUCAGACCAUUAUGCAGUACCACAUGCAUGAAUACCCUCGCGAGGCUAAAGUUCUUCUAGUACGAGUUGUGGCGUAUUCGGCAUUUGGGACAACUAACGCUUCGCCGCUGGCGAACAUCACCGUCCGAAAUGACACUGGCGCCCUCUCGCAGAAAUACCGUCGAGAUCGGGCAAUUGUCUCAGGAAUCGUCGGAGGCAUCCUGUUCUUCUUUGUGGCAAUCAUUCUGUCAGUGUGUGCGGUAAAGAUUUGUAACAAACGGCGGCGGCGUAAGGUUGAGAAGGCCUAUAUGAUGGUGACAUGUGGCACUUUGCCUGGCCAGCAACAACAAUCCCAGCCGCAGUCACAGACGCAGCAAUCUCAGCAGGCCGCCGGCGGAAUGGCUGGCGUACGGGCAGCAAACGGCGUGGAGUGUAGCCACAGUCAACAUGCGGUACAUGCCGCCCACGGUGCUCACGCGACCCAUGGCACCGUAACGAUCAAAAGAUAGAGUAUGGCCUGCACCCGCUGCCCUCCUCGACCCGAGUAAUUAACUGAGUUCAAAAUUUCGGAAACUUAUGUUGUCAUGGAUGUUAUUAAAUAGUCGUUGCCUGGCGCUGUCCGACGUUUGCGCAGGCAACUAUUUCGCAGGCAACUAACUCGAACGUGUUGAUGAGGAGAGAAAAAUGGAGUACCUUCGUUCUAGAAGAAUGAAAUAUUAGUCAUAACAACAAGCAACCGGCGACUUAAGCACUGAAAUCGCUAUUAAUUCGUGUUGGUGAAAAAUGCUGGUUAUAUGCUCGCAGUUAUCAGCUGCUGCCUGGUCAUUUUUUACUGAUCUAUCAAAUAUAUCCAGCGGGAUACUGAUUUGACCCCUAUCAAAUACGCCUAUUCAGCGCAGAUAGUUACCUGUUUUCAUGAAUUCUAUCCUAUAAAUUACUAAACCUUACUAGCUUAUUAAUUUGUUAAAGCUUACUUCUUGAUAAGAUUCAAUGGACAUCUGCGUCUGUCUGUCUGUAGCAGUGUAAUAUAAUUCAGUUUUGCGGGAAAUAAGUCAGAUACUACCGAAUUGGGACUAUUGAAUAACUACGAUAUGUUGGAGACAUUCUGGAACGGAGGUAUUCACGAAGACGGCAGCGGGUGACUCGCCAAUCGAAAAAACCGAGCAAGCAUCACCUAACACCGAAAAUAUUAGGAAAACAGCUUAUUAGCUCAUCAAAACCAUGACUUCAUAGACCACAGUGCUCUCGGCAACAACAACGACAACAACAAUAACAAUAACAACAAAGAUGGUGCGCGUGGUCUGUUAUAAUAUUACAAUUAGGCUACUGUCGGCCUUUCAGCCGAGAUAGGUGAGGACAGAUUCAGAUCAGCUCUAUCUCAGACUAAGGUACAAAUCAAACGCCAUCCGGCCAUAGGCAAUGUGGAACACAGCCCCAAGCAACCCCGAAAGUGAAGGCUAGAGACUGGUGGAACAGAAAUAAGUAGCGGUGCUGCGAGAAAACAGGCAUCGGAUAGGAGUAGAUAACGAUUCUCGCGUGCAUCGACGGGUGACUUAAGACACAAUCCGGUCAGUAAACGUAACAUAAAAAGCGCAGCGCAGAUGACAUACAACGCAGAAACAAAGAAGGCGACAGUGGAAUAGGCCAAUCGAGUGAGAGACAGAAAGAGAGACAUAGAGGAAAAAACAUGUCUAAAACUAGUAAUUUUACGGUUACAUCGGACGAAAAAGGUCUACUUCCACUUGAUUUCGUAUUUUACAUCUUAGUUUGUACAUCGAAAUAUGGGUGUCAAGCAGACACCUGGCGAAUACAAACAGACGACCGGUUCAAAAAGGAUUGUAUGAGAAAAUUAAGUUAAGAUAAACAUUUUGAUAAGAGCAUGGUAACGAUGAUGAUGUUGACGAUGCCAAUAAGAGGUUCAAAUAGAAAAAUAUUGACGAAGUAAAUGGAAAAAAUUAAAACGUUUGAAAAUAGAUCAGUACGUGAUGUUGCGUACCGUGUUGCACAGUAAAAAAUGGGGAGCUCUUGGCGGGCGUAUCGCUAGACGUAUGAAGGAUCUUUGAGAUGAAAAACGCUUGAAUGUUGUUUGGCCGGGCCUAUAUAUAUACAUAUAUAUCUAGAGAGAGAAAGAGAGAGAGAGAGAGAGUAAUUUUACGGUCACAUCGAACGAAAAAGAUCUACUUCCACUUGAUUUCUUAGUUUGUACAUCGAAAUACGGGUAUCAAGCAGACACCUGGCGAAUACAAACAGACGACCGGUUCAAAAAGGAUUGUAUAAGAAAAUUAAGUUAAGAUAAGCAUUUUGGUAAGAGCAUGGUAACGAUGAUGACGUUGACCAUGCCAAUAAGCGGUUUAAAUUGAAAAAUUAAAAUGAUUAAAAAUAGAUCCGUUCGUGAUAUUGCGUGCUGUGCUACACAGUAAGAAUAUGGGGAGCUCUUGACCGGCGCACCGCUAGACGUAUGAAGGAUCUUUGAGAUGAAGGAUGCUUGAAUGUUGUUUGGCCGGGCCUAUAUAUAUAUAUAUAUAUAUAUAUCUAGAGAGAGAGAGUGUGUGUGUUUGUGUGAGUGAGAGAGAGAGAGAGAGAGAAUAAUAUGGUUAUUGUUAACACAAAACAAGAAUACUGAUAAGACAACUGAAUGCACACAAAUUACAUAAAGCCCACACACAAUAAUAACUGAGGCAUCAAGAUGGCCUGCCCACAUCCACCCUCCAUUACGCAAAUGGGACUCCCAUUGGGUAAAUGGUUCAUCGCAGUAGAUCACGUGCUACGUCGCUCUCGGCAACUGGCAAGAAGGACACGGGUACAUUAAUACGAGAUAAUACCGCAACAACAACAAAUAAAAUAUCCGCAACAAAGUGCUGUAAUAACAUAAUAAAUGUGAUGGCUCUCUCGGCUGGAAAUUGGGAGACAUGUUAAGAAAAAAACGAAACUGCGGGUAAGGAGUAAGGUCAUCGAGGAGUAUGAAUGCAGAAUGAAGCGUUAAACGAUACCAAGUGCUUGCACCCGUUGAUGACUGAUAGGUACACGCCUCCCUGUGACAACAGCAGCAGCAGUAGCAACGACAACAAUAAGCCAGGAAAAUCUGGCCCGGCCAAUUAGUAUCUGUUUGUACCUAGUUCUCCUUCAUAAUGAUAAUGAUGAUGAUGAUGAGAAUAAUAAUAAUUAAUGGUCGAGUUUGAUGUCGGCAACGAGGGGUUGAUUGAUCAUGAUGAGACUAAUGAGUAUAGUUAAUAAUAGAUAUGAAUGAAUAUAUAUAUAUGAGGUGUGAUGACGAGUUACUAAAGACGGCGAACUUAAAACUAAGAUAACAAUGGAAAAGACACAAUUAAUAUGGUGAGGGAAGAAUGCAUUAAUUAUAUCGGAUUUAUGAUAAUAACACAAAACCAAAUGCAAAUGCCGCGGCUAUGAUUCUUUUGAUAUAAACGUAGACGCUGGCAGACAGCACGUGGAUACAGUGGCUCGCCCACUGUAUGAAACAACGACAAGGCUGAAUUUCCGUGGAAAUAAUGGCGAUGAUGAUAAAAAAAAACAGAAGCCCUCAGUCAAGCGGCGCAGGACGGAAACUAGGUGAUGCAGUGAAAUCUAGAGAGGCUGACGACGUACACAGUUGUAUGGCCACCACGGAUAAUUAAUACAUGGUAUUAAGGCACAAAGAGCGUUAAAAUGGACUCGAUUGCUGUGUCACCUAGCGACAGUGAGAAGUCGAAAAAAGCAACAAGUCAAACGAUAAUGACGACAACAACAUAUUACAAUACGACAAUUUCACAUCGCUCGAAAACCUAACAAAUAAAUGUUUCAAUUUUUACGCCGGAUACUUCCAUCGUACUCGCCGGCUAACAAUCAGCGGCACUAAUUGGUGUAAAGAGCACGGUUACAUGAUGAAAGCACUCAAAUUCUCUUUUCCUUUGUUAUGGAGAAAGAGGUGUAGGAGAUUUAAGGAAUAGCACUGAACGUUGCGAAAAGCUAGUGAAAAACAAUAUAAUUUAUGGCUAACCAACGGCAACAGCAUGCCCGGCAGGGACCACGGAGGAGCGCCAUCUGGUCGACGAAAAGGCAAUAGCAGAAGCUGCGUUUGCCACGCAAAAAAUGUUGCCACACAGCGCGGCAAUCCAAAUGAUUUCCACAAGA